ACAAAUGGUCCAUAGCCGCUCGCAUCUAGACAACAUCGAACAACAAUAACUCGAGCUAAUCCUCCUCGUCUAUGGCCGUUUUACUUUUCUCACCUAGCAAACCCACCACUCUUUAAAAAUUCCGCCCAAAAAGAAAAAGCGCUCUGUCCCCUCUUUUGGGUUUUCAGCAGACGUGUACAACAACCAUCCAGAGGAUUUAGGGGCAGCUCUAUACCGGGAGCCGUUUGACUUCAACGCCGAGCCACCUUGGGAUCCUAGCUGAUAGUGGACGAGUUCAACCCAGGACUCAUCCAUUUUGUUGUAAAAGUCUAGGACCCCAGGGGCUCAGGAUCGAGCGAGCAAGACAACUCAGAUUAGCCACAUUCUUUAUGCCUGUCGGAUUAGAGGAAAACGGUUGAGAGGAUGAAAGGUAUUGCUGAUGAACCACAGUAUUCUGUUGGCCUGCUGGAGGCAGGCACAGCGCUCUGCGACGUGAUUGACAACCACAUUUAUGAACAAACUCUGUCGGAGAGGAAUGCAUUUUUUGUAGCAGACCUGGGAGUCGUACUGAGGCAGCAUGUUCGCUGGCGAACGCACAUGGGCCAAAUUCGGCCCUACUACACUGUCAGAUGCAACAGCAGUCCAGCUGUUAUUGAAGUUCUUGCUGCUCUUGGCACUGGAUUUAUAUGCACCAACAAGUCUGAACUGGAGCUGGUGCAGAGCUAUGGUAUUCCCUCUGAAGACAUAAUCUACAGUGGUGUCUGCAAACAGGUCUCCCAGAUUAAAUAUGCUGCUAAGAAUGGCAUUGACCUUCUGGUGUGUGAUAAUGAAGCAGAGCUACGCAAGAUUUCACGCUGCCACCCCAAUGCCAAGCUGCUGCUGCAGGUGGCCACAGAGGCAUCGGACGAUGAGAUAAGCAUGACAUUUGGCUGUUCCCUUAAGGAGUGCAGACAUCUGCUGGAGAGAGCUAAGGAACUGGGUGUACAGGUCGUUGGGGUCAGGUCCCACAUUUCCGUCUCCUGUGAAGAUGACCAGGUGUAUAUCCAUGCCAUCUCAGAUGCCCGCUGUGUCUUUGAUAUGGGAGAGGAAAUGGGCUUCAACAUGAAAAUCCUGGACAUUGGAGGCGGCUUCAGUGCCUCUGACACUCCGCUGGAGCUGAUCAAUAGGGCAGUCAUGUCUAUGGUGGACCUAUACUUCCCUCUGUCUACUGGAGUCUCCAUCAUUGCUGAGCCUGGCAGCUUCUUUGUGUCCUCUGCUUUCACCUUGGCUGUUAACAUCAUUUCAAAGGAGGUGGUGGCUCGAGAUCACCAGAAACAGGCACAUGAUGAACUUUAUCCAAACGAUGAGCCAGAGUUCCAGUACUACAUGAACGAGGGAGUGUAUGGGUCAUUUGCCAGCAAACUCUCUGAAACAGGGAUCGCUGCACCAUCUGUUCACAGGAACACCUCCCUUGAUGCUCCAGUAUUCAGCAGCAGCCUGUGGGGUCCCUCUGGGGAUGACCUGGAUCAGGUAGUGGAGCACUGUAUGUUACCUGAGCUCAACAUCGGAGACUGGCUCGUAUUCACCCAUGCUGGGGCCUACAGUCUGGGCCAGCCACUCAGCACCAGCACUGACUCACCUCCACCCCCUGUAUACUAUGUAAUCUCCUCCAGAGACUGGUUUGAAAUGCUGGACACUGGUGGCGCCCAGGAGGCUACACUGAAGAACUUCUCAUUGGUCCCUUAUUUCCUCAACACCUGCCAAACAGAGGCUGCACUCUCUGUCCCAGCUUAGCAAUCAUCAGGGGUCUCAUUUAUAAAAGAGUGCGUAGGAUUCAUACUGAAAGAGUAUGUACGUACAAAAGCCAGAAAUGGCGUACGCCAAAGAUAAUUCCGAUUUAUAAAACCAUGCGCACGCUCACCUGAACGCAAUGUUCGCUUUAUAAAUCACAGUCCACCUGGAAACGUUCGUACGUGGAUCUGCCUCCAAAUCCGCCCUCCACACGCCCACUUUCCACCAUAAAUGGUCAAUGCAAAGCACGGCGUGAAUAUUAAAUUAUGCUGCUGACCAAUGGGUUUCCACCGUAAGUCCUGCCGGAGUCACCGCAUCAAGCGAUGUGAAGAGGAAGUGAAACUUUCUGACACUGACAUCGAGGUGUUUGUUAGUGAGGUGGAGGUGAAGAGUGACUUUAUGGGACAGCAGUGAUGUCACUAAUUAAGAAAAUACACUGAUACUCUGCCGCUGCUGUGGAUAACACACUUUGUGAGAUCAGAGAUCGCUGAACCCUCGCUUCCUCCUCGCUUCCUCCUCGUCCUUCCAUUCGCAUGCACACAUCGAGCAGAACCCCGCACCGGUGUCACGGCAGUAUUUAUUUAUUUAGAGCAUCGGACCGAUUCCCUCACGUCAGUGGAUCCUCACCUCCUCUGGGAUAUUAUUUGGAAAGUUUCCUCAUUUCUUGUAAGUGAUCUCCAGUGUGCUCUGUGCACCUGAUGGCACCGUCCCGUUCACUGCAGUGAUCUGAUGAUACACGCACAGUGUUAGAAGAUAUAAUUAACCUAUUAAUGACUCGGCUCCGUAACCCGGCUGUUAAAUCGAAUCUGAACUUAAUUUGCUUUAAGUUGUUUUAUAUUUUAUAAAUUAAAAGGCUUGUGUGGAGCAGAUAGGUCACGCGAGCAAAACUAAGCUGCUGGUUUCAAUGUAAAUUAUGAAUUGAUCAAUAAUCUGCUGCAGUUCACCACCUCACGUCUGUGUCGCCGUUUUCCCAUCUCCAAAACGGUCGUAAGCAUGGGUCUAUGUUUGCGUAGAAAUACGCACAUUUUCCCGUCAAGUUUGUUUUUAUAAAUCCCAACGUUGGCGUGAGAGGUGGCGUGCGCACGUUUCAGGCCUGUUUUGUGCGUACGCAACGGUUAUAAAUGAGACCCCAGGACAGGAGGGCUUUUACUUUACUGUGUUCUGCUGCUAGCUUCGUCUCCUCAACAUUCCACUGGGCUGAAGUAAAUUAACAGUGCAGAUAGUGCUUGAACUUGCUGGGACCAGAUAUAAUUGAUCUCACAAAGCCUAAUGUACAGUGUAACUUGUGUUUAGACCUGGACACUCCAAGGUGUUAAUUAGUAUCCAAUAAGACAGAUUCAAUCUUCCCUUGGCUUUGGGUAUCCCAUGGCAGUGCAGUUUACACUCAUACAGUAGACAUGAAAUUAUUUUAAAUAAUAUUUGACAAAUGUAUUAUCUGUAUCACUGCUGUUGCUGCUGCCAGUCUUGUAAAGUAAGAUAUAUAUAUAUAUAUAUAUAUUCCAGAGUGAAGCAGUGUAUUUAAAUAUAACACAGUUCUGAGACCUUGUGGGCUUAGCCGCAAGAUGUAUUUUAAUGAUUUUAAUUGGUUGUAUAGUUUUAUUUUGUGUGAUAAAAGCUUCAUACCAGUCAUUUAAAAUGUGUCGUCCUUAUCGCUGUUUUAAACUGAAGGCUUGCAGCACUAUGUUGCUGCCUAUGUGAAAGUGCAUUUAUUCAUCAGUUUGAUGAAGCCGGUGUGAUCAAUGUGCAGUCACCUGCCCCUGGUUAACCUUAGUCUGCCCUUACGUUUGUUGGGAAGCUAGUGGCUGGGUGUUCACCAGUAAACUGGUGUGGUGUGAGUGAAGGACCAGUUGGUGACUGCUUUACCACAAAGUAGCAGCAGAUUUUUGAUCGACAGCACGUGUUGCAGAUGGAACAGAGCAAGUGUUGAUGAGUAGCAAAUCAGCUGACAUGGAAAAGGUUGGUUUUUUUUGUUUUUUAAAGAAAUCAAAACUGAAACUGUUAAAACCCAUCAUAUUUUACAAUUUCUAUUUAAGUUUAAGAAAAAAAUUUCAAGUAAAGACAUGUUUGGAUUCUGCAAAGUCUGCAUCACAUAUCUGUGAAGUUGUCUUCCAAUCUGUGUAAGGCAUGACAUUACCUGUAUAUAUACACUUGUACCUGUGCUUGUCAACCUGAACAAUAAUAAACACCUCACUGACUGGA